AUGAUUGCCAAACUAAUUGUUACGCUGUUUUCCAUUGUUGUUGUUGUUGGCUGUGUCAUUGGAAUGGCAGGUUGGUUCGACCAAGAGAGUGAAAUGAAAAGUUUAACCUCUCAUCACGUCAAGUUUGUUCAUGACCAAGUUUGUGAACCUACAAAUUACAAGGAAUCUUGCGCUGAAACUCUUGAAUCUGUGAACAGUACGGACCAUAAUGAGUUUAUUAAGGCAACUAUUUUAGCUGCAUCCGACGCAGUGAAGGAAUCGAUAAAGUUCUCCAGGCGUUUGGGACGUAAGGCUAAUAAUGAGUCUUGGGAGAAAAUGGCCUUAGAUGAUUGCCAAGAAUUGCUCGGAAAUGCUAUGCAGGAGCUCGAGGUAUCGUAUUCACUGGUGAAUUGUAGUGAGCUGAACACAAUCAAUGAACGUUCUACCCAGUUGCAGAGCUGCUUGAGUUCUGUCCUUGCAUACCAAGAAACAUGUGUGGAUAGUUUUGAAGACCAUAGCAUCAUUAAGCCUUCGAUGAGAAAGGAGAUGGUUGAUGCCAGCCAUCACAUCGACAAUGCUCUGGCUAUCCUUUCUACACUGUCCAAUAUCCCCAAGUCCUAUAAAUCCGACUAUCAUUCCCCCCAGAAUUCUCGCCGGCUUCUUUCUCUUGGUGAUGGUGGAUAUCCCACAUGGUUCUCUGCUGCUGACAGAAAACUUUUGGCUUUGCAAGAUAAUGGCAUGAUUAAACCAAAUGCUGUUGUGGCUCUAGAUGGUAGUGGACAAUUCAGGAACAUUAGUGCAGCCCUUGCUGCGUAUCCCAAACGCCUAAAGGGUCGAUAUGUUAUCUAUGUCAAGGGUGGAGUCUAUCAUGAGCACGUUACUGUCACCAGGAAACAACCUAAUGUUUUCAUUUAUGGUGAUGGACCCAAAAAGACCGUCGUCACAGGAAAAAGGAGCUCCGCCAGUGGUGUACACACAUGGAGGACUGCUACAUUUGCGGCUGAAGCUGAUGGGUUUAUCGCCAAGUCAAUAGGAUUCGCAAACACUGCAGGUCCUGGGGGGCGCCAUGCGGUAGCACUCCGAGUGGAUUCAGAUAUGUCAGCUUUCUUCAAUUGCAGGAUGGAUGGCUAUCAAAACACAUUGUUCUACCAAGCCAAACGCCAAUUCUACAGGAAUUGUGUUAUUUCCGGCACCGUAGAUUUCAUCUUUGGUUAUGGUGCAGCAGUGAUUCAGAACUCCUUAAUCAUCGUCAGGAGGCCAAGGUCAAACCAAAAGAACAUAGUGACUGCAGAUGGCAGGAAAGAACAGCAUGCGACUACUGGAUUGGUCAUCCACAACUGCAGGAUUGUCCCUGAGAAGAGGCUAGUCCCUCGCAGGUUCAAGAUCCCAACAUACUUAGGCAGGCCCUGGAAGCCAUUCUCCAGGACUAUUGUGAUGGAGUCUCAAUUGGCAGAUUUCAUUCAGCCAGAGGGAUGGAUGGCUUGGGCUGGAUUUUUACACCUUGACACUUUGUACUAUGCUGAGUACGCCAAUACUGGCCCUGGAGCCAAUACUAAUAGCAGAGUCGAGUGGAACAAUUUCCGUGUCAUUGACAGGAACGAGGCCCUUCAAUUCACUGCUGGGGGAUUCCUUCAUGGAGCUGAAUGGAUAAAGGAAGCUGGAGUGCCCGUCUUGCUUGGAUUGCUACGUUGA